GAAGUUUAGACCACAAGUCGACACGAUGACGCGGAUUUUCUGGGACACAAUUUUCCUCAUAAGCGGUUCCCUCUUUACAUUUGGAGCAGGGCCGAGCAAUUCAACCAUCAUUGAAGCCAGCAUUUCCAUCGACACAAACUCCACCGCUGCUCCGAACGCCUCGACAAGCAGCUCUGCAACCACCCGCAGCAGAAGCACCACGGCCGCAACCGUUGCGCCUACUACAACAAACAUCCCUCCAGUUAAAAGCUCCCUUUUCACAUUAGGAGCAGGGCUGAGCAAUUCAGCAGCUACUGAAGCGAGCAUUCCCAUCCAUACAACCUCCACUGCUGCUCCAAACACCUCAACAAGCAGCUCUGCAGCAACGACCACAACUAUUGCAACUACUACAACCAACAUCCCUCCAGUCAAAAAGUUUGUGGCGGCGGCCGUUCGGUCUCAUUUUGACGACUGUCCAGACUCACACCGCCACUUCUGCUUCCACGGCACGUGUCGCUUCCUGAUAUUAGAGGAGACGCAUGCAUGUGUGUGUUAUCCGGGCUUCAUCGGGGUGAGGUGUGAGCAUGCAGACCUGCUCGCUGUUGUAGCAACCAAUCACAGACAACAGACCGUUGCCACAGUGCUGGUGUUGUGUGUGAUCGGGUCUGUCCUCAUCAUGGUGCUGUGUACACUGUUACAUUGCUGGUGGAGGCAGGACUGUCGCAGGCGGAGACAUGCACAUCACUACGUCCCAGAGAAGCAUGGAGCGCCCUGCUAUCCUUCUGAGAGCGUGGUUUGAGGGGACGUCUUGCUGGAACACGCGCUGUUUGCAUCGCGGCGUGUUCGGUUCUCCUCAUCUUGUCCGGCCUACAAACCCUCAGGAUCGCAUCCAAAGUGGCAUUCACAUGUUCUGAUCAGGCACGCCCCGGCCUGAGGCGAAGAAGCAUUAUCUUAAACGUGGCUGAGGUAUGCCUGCUUGAUCUGGGAGGUUAAAUGUUCCGUGGCAUUUCCCCCCUCCACUGACUGGGACUUUUGACCUGCAGCACCGUAGGAAACGUGUUUACUUAAAUACCCACUGAACUACAGCAGUAUGUUUGAAGCUCUGAGGAUGAAGCUGCUGCCAAAUCCUACAUGGGAAGAGCUCUGUGUGCACUGAUCACUCUUUAUGGCUGGCCUAGAGGACAUGGGACAUGAUGUGCAAGGCCAUUUAUCAUCCAGGGGGGAUGCUGAUUAGGAACAGUGUUUAUUUUGGGCUGCAGGACAGUAAUAAUUCAUUUACUCAAGUCAGAAGACCCCAAUUCCUAUUUUUGUCUUUUAAUAAUGUUGCGCACUUUUCAUCAAACUCUACAAGCACAGAGGACAUUUUAAAGAUCUUUUGGUGGGGCAAAACUGAUGCUUUAAAGAAGUUUCAGUGUCUGUUUUUAAUGAAGUAACUCACUUUACCUGACAGGAGUAGGAAUUGCUAAAUGGACUGACUGCUAAUGGAUUAAAAACCCUGGACUGGAUUGAAAUUGUAAACUGUAAUAAUACACAAAGUUUGCAACUUAAAAUUGCUCUGACACGGUUUUGAGGAAAAAAAAAAAAAAAAAAAACAUCCAGGUAUUUUUUUCAAGUCAUUUGACUCCAGUGUUGCGACUGAGGCUGAAAUAUUUCUGUUUUAUUCUUCAUUCCUGAGCUGUACUGGAACACGUCCAAGCAUGGGAGGCUUUCGAUCUGCAAGCUAUAACUGUAGCGACACGUGCACGCCCUGGGAGGCCACAUGCACUUUUCUGUUCAUAAAAACACACCGCACUUACUGUACAGCGGAGUCACUUGGAGAGGAGUGUCCACAUAAUGAGAGAUGCCAAAUACGCACAUUGUAGAGGUCCACCAUGCACUUAAAUCACAGCUUGCAUUUUUACAGACACAAAAACACUGGUGUGUUAUAGCGUUGCCUGUGCUUUGAAUUGAAAUACUUUUAAAGAGAGAAAAGCCUCCGAAGGUUAAUUAAAAAAAAAUAUUUAAGAUUUUCUUUAAAAAUGGACUGAUAAUUGGUGAAGAAAUACAAAGUGAUGAUUAGAAAAUGACUCGGGUAUAAACUGUGUAUGCUUUGUGUGAUAAAGGCAAAAAAAAAACAAAAAAAAAAACUACUUCCACCACAAAAUGAAUGUGAUGGUAUUUACAUGCCAAAAGACUCUGAUGGGAUGAUUUGGUUGUCUCUGUUUACAAUGUGUGAUAUUUACAUUUAGAAGAUGUGUUGAUGUUCUGUCACUGCAGCAGCUUUUCAUGUGUAAAUAUCAAAAAACAUGCAGAGUUGUUCAACGUGUAUGUAAGGUGUCAAUACCGAAGUCAUCCGGAAGGGUGAUCUUCUCAUGCGUUAACCGUUUACUUUGUCAGAUGUAUGUUGUCACGGCUGGAAAGCCUCU